AACAUGUUCCGCAAACGAAUAAUCCCUCUUGCAGGUGCCACUGCUCUCGCCUACUACGGGCUCUACGUGCCUGGGUCUGGAGUCUACAGACAUUUCAUCAGGGAGCCUCAUGACCUCAUCCAAAGAUACGGCCAGGACUCCUGGGCCAUCGUCACCGGAGGCUCAGACGGAAUCGGCAAGGCCUUCGCGUAUGAGCUGGCUAACAAAGGUUUCAACUUGCUAUUAAUCUCAAGAACCGAGUCUAAGCUACAAGACAUCACCAAAGACAUCGAGGACAAGUACAAAGUGAAGGCAAAGUAUUUGGCUAAGAACUUUGACGACUCGCAUGAAGAAUCUUUUUACAAAGAUAUUAUCGAAGAAACUCAAGAUUUAGAUGUCUCUUUGUUGGUAAACAAUGUUGGAAUUGGGUUCAGAGUUGCUGAAGAUGGAAACCAAAUCAAGAAUGAUCUUAACGCCCUUAAGGUAAACUGCUGCUCUCAAACAGCUCUGACUGCUCAUUUUGCACCAGUAAUGAACAAGAGAAAGAUGAAAUCAGGAAUCGUUAAUCUUAGUAGCUUCCAAGGAGGCAAACCUUGUGGUCUUAACCCUGUAUAUUCCUCAACCAAGGGAUAUAAUGAUUUUCAUUCGAGAGCUUCUUCUUGGGAUUAUGAAGGAAAGAUCGAUUUUAUGAGCUUGAGGCCAUCAUAUGUCAGUACUCCUCUUGUAGGAAACAGAAAAGUAUCCGGUUUCACUAUCUCUGCCCAAGACUGUGCAAGAGGUAGUUUAGAUAAGCUUGGUCAUGAUGCAUGGACAAAUGGUCAUUGGAAGCAUGCUCUCUUCUAUCAUAUGUGCUACUUGAUCCCUGACACCCUCUUUCAAAGAAAAUCAUUGAGCUGGAGAAGUAAAUAAGUGGCGUAUAGCCUCCAGAUUUCAAUAA